AUGCGUUUUCUCCUUGUGUUUGGUUGCUUGAUUUUGUCCGUGUUUUCUACUAUUCCUGAACACACAAAACUUGCCUCUGGUUGUCUCUUCAUUUUGGAGUUUGUCAUGAUUGUUGUCUUUGGUUUGGAAUUUAUUAUUCGUAUCUGGUCUGCUGGAUGCUGUUGUCGAUACCGAGGAUGGCAAGGAAGGCUACGCUUUGCAAGGAAACCAUUCUGUGUGAUAGACAUCAUUGUUCUCAUCGCUUCAAUAGCAGUUGUUUCUGCAAAAACUCAGGGUAACAUUUUUGCAACAUCAGCACUGAGAAGUCUUCGUUUCCUACAGAUCCUUCGUAUGGUGCGCAUGGACCGAAGAGGAGGCACUUGGAAAUUAUUAGGUUCAGUAGUUUAUGCACAUAGCAAGGAAUUAAUCACAGCCUGGUACAUAGGAUUUUUAGUACUCAUCUUUUCAUCUUUCCUGGUUUAUCUGGUGGAAAAAGAUGCAAAUAACCAGUUCUCUACAUAUGCAGAUGCUCUCUGGUGGGGCACAAUCACCUUGACAACCAUUGGCUAUGGAGACAAAACGCCCCUUACUUGGCUUGGAAGGUUGCUUUCUGCAGGAUUUGCUCUCCUUGGCAUUUCUUUCUUUGCACUACCUGCUGGCAUCCUUGGCUCAGGAUUUGCAUUAAAAGUGCAGGAACAGCAUCGUCAGAAACACUUUGAGAAAAGAAGGAAUCCAGCUGCUAGUUUAAUUCAGGCUACUUGGCGGUUUUAUUCUACUGAUGCCAGCCGAACAAACCUGACAGCCACCUGGCGAUAUUAUGAAAGUAUUCUUCCUCCCCUCAGGCAUUGUGUAUGGCGUAGUUAUGCGGCUGAUGAGAAAUCGGUUUCCAUUGCUACCUGGAAGCCUCAUUUGAAGGCCUUGCAUACCUGCAGCCCUACAAAAAAAGAACAAGGGGAAGCUUCUAGCAGUCAAAAGUUAAGUUUCAAAGAGCGGGUCCGGAUGGCCAGCCCACGAGGUCAAAGCAUUAAGAACAGGCAGUCUUCGGUCGGGGAUCGCCGGUCACCAAGCACUGACAUUGCUACGGAAGGGAGCCCCACCAAGGUUCAGAAGAGCUGGAGCUUCAAUGACCGGACCCGUUUCAGGCCCUCACUGAGGCUGAAGAGUUCCCAGCCAAAACCAGUGGUUGAUGCUGACACGACACUGGGAACAGAUGAUGUUUAUGAUGAUAAAGGGUGCCAGUGCGAUGUGUCAGUAGAAGAUCUGACCCCUGCUCUUAAAACUGUCAUCCGAGCAAUCAGUGGUGUGACUAGAAAAGACGGGCCUGGCUCUGCACUUACUCGUUGUGUUAAGCGCUACUACUGUUUCAGAGCAUGGAAUAAACAAAUUGUGACCACCAAAAUAGAUGAAAUAAUAAUUAAAGAACAAUACAUUCUUGAAACACUUCGUCCAUAUGAUGUCAAAGAUGUCAUUGAACAGUACUCAGCAGGUCAUCUAGAUAUGUUAUGCAGAAUAAAAAGCCUUCAGUCACGCGUCGACCAAAUUCUUGGAAAAGGGCAAAUCACAGCAGAUAAAAGAAGCAGAGAAAAGAAUACUGCAGAGAAUGAGAUAACUGAUGACCUUAGCAUGUUGGGGCGUGUAGUCAAGGUGGAGAAGCAGGUUCAAUCCAUUGAAUCAAAACUGGACUGCCUGUUAGAUAUUUAUCAACAAGUUUUACGAAAAGGAUCUGCUUCAGCACUGACUUUGGCUUCACUUCAAAUGCCAGCUUUUGACUGUGAGCAGACUUCUGAUUAUCAAAGCCCAGCAGACAGCAAGGAUUUGUCUAAUUCUGCACAAAUUAGUGGAUGUGUAUCCAGAUCAGCCAGUGCCAAUCUGCCUCGUGGCCUACAGCUUAUCCUGACACCAAAUGAAUUUAGCACUCAGGCUUACUAUGCUUUUAGUCCAGCUAUGCAUAGUCAAGCGACGCAAGUGCCAAAUGAUGGACCUGCAACGGUUAGUAAUUCCUCGAACCAAAUAACCCAGGCAUCUAAGCCAGCAACUCCCACAACAUUACAGAUACCACCUUUUUCAUCAAUGAAGCAUAUCAGUAGGCCUGAGCCCGUUCAUAUAAUCCCUGUAACCACACAGGAAAAUAUUUCCGAUGUCACCGCUUGCCUUGUUGCAUCAAAGGACAAUGGACAAGUUGCACAGCCCAGCGCAGCAAAAGAUCUCACGUGGAGAAAAAGUUUUGAUGCAGCAGGAGAACCUUUGCUCUCAGUUAAACCUGUGGCGCAAAUGGAUUUAGGAAAAUCUUUAUCUGUACAAAAUCUUAUACAGUCCUCAGAAGAACUGAAUGUACAGAUUGCUGGUAGUGACUCCAGUAGUUCGAGAGGUAGCCAAGACAUAUACUCCAAAUGGAGGGAGUCAAAAUUAUUUAUAACUGAUGAAGAGUUGGAAACAGAGGCAGGAUCAGAGACUACUGAAGCCAUCUCUCGCCCAUUAGUGGAAACAACUCUCUCUACUGACUCUCUAAGGACUGGAAUAUCAAGAUCAUCUCAAAACAUUUGCAAGCCAGGGGAUGGUACAGAGGCACUCAGUCUGCUCCAUGUCAAACUCAAAUAGCAGCUUGUGGGCUUUCUUCAUUGGCUGGGUAAUUCCUCUAGGCAUACAUAUCACAGCAUGAACUAUUUUGAAAGCCUUUUUAAUAAGAGAAAGUCACAAAAAUCAGGAUGAAUCCAAAAGGCAGUUGAAUGAGCCCAUAUCUUCUAGUUGCAUGAAAAUGCAUGUUUAAGUGAUGGCUACAAUUCAAAUUUAUACCUACAGUACAGCAGUACCUUUCUUGUGGUACAGUAGGUUUAAAUAACGAGUUA